CUUCAAUCCUCCCAUAUUCAACAAACAAGAAAAGAAAGCUCUUCUCCUUCCUCUUUAUCUUUCUCUGUAAUACGUAUCCGCGUUGGCCAUGUCUCUGUUGAGUGAUCUCAUCAACCUUAACCUCUCCGACACCACGGAGAAGGUCAUCGCCGAGUACAUAUGGAUCGGUGGCUCCGGUUUGGACUUGCGAAGCAAAGCAAGGACUCUGUCGGGACCGGUGAGCGACCCCGCGAAGCUUCCGAAAUGGAACUAUGAUGGUUCCAGCACGGAUCAAGCCCGUGGUGAUGACAGCGAAGUCAUCUUGUACCCUCAGGCGGUGUUCAGGGAUCCCUUCCGAAGAGGAAACAAUAUCCUGGUCAUGUGCGACGCUUACACUCCCGCCGGCGAUCCGAUCCCCACGAACAAGAGAUUCGAUGCGGCCAAGAUUUUCAGCCACCCUGACGUAGUGGCCGAGGAGCCCUGGUAUGGAAUCGAGCAGGAGUACACACUUCUUCAGAAGGACGUGCACUGGCCUCUUGGAUGGCCGGUCGGAGGCUUCCCCGGCCCACAGGGACCAUACUAUUGCGGUGUCGGGGCUGAUAAAGCCUUCGGCCGGGACAUAGUGAAUUCCCACUACAAGGCCUGCCUUUAUGCUGGGAUCAAUAUUAGCGGAAUCAAUGGCGAAGUUAUGCCCGGGCAGUGGGAGUUUCAAGUCGGUCCUGCUGUUGGCAUUUCUGCUGGAGAUGAGUUGUGGGUCGCUCGGUACAUCCUCGAGAGGAUCGCGGAGAUUGCUGGAGUUGUUCUGUCCUUCGACCCAAAACCAAUUCAGGGCGAUUGGAAUGGUGCUGGUGCUCACACCAAUUACAGCACAAAAUCGAUGAGGAGCGAUGGUGGGAUUGAUGUGAUAAAGGCUGCAAUCGAGAAGCUGGGAAAGCGCCACAAGGAGCACAUCGCGGCCUAUGGGAAGGGCAACGAGAGGCGAUUGACGGGUCGCCAUGAGACCGCUGAUAUCAACACUUUCUCCUGGGGUGUGGCAAACCGAGGGGCAUCUGUUCGCGUCGGUCGCGACACUGAAAAGGCUGGAAAAGGUUACUUUGAGGAUAGAAGGCCGGCUUCGAACAUGGACCCGUAUGUCGUAACAUCCAUGGUCGCCGAGACCACUAUCCUCUGGAAGCCUUGACGAGGACGAAGCUAUCAACAUGGUUCGGUUCGAUGCUUAUUGGAUCGUGGGGUAAGGGAAGUAGGAAGUUUGCGUCUUCUGCCUAUCUAUGUAAAUAAGCCAAACUAAAUAUCCCUCCCCCGUUGUUCAUUUGGUACAUAAACAUAUUUCCGGUUCUCUCUAAUUUCCGUUGGGACUUGAAAAUACCACCAAAACAUGUAUUUACUUGGUUCGGUUUGUCUAAAUUAUGGAUUUCAUUAUAUCUGGGAUUAGCUCU